GGAGGAUGUGAUAUCGAGAAUGCAAGAGCAGAAAAUGUCAUCGAGUGUGCAGAAUUCUUCAAUAAAUCCUCCAAACUUUAAAUCCGUUGUCAAACUGAUUAUCUUAUUACAUGAAAAAAAGAAAAGAAAAAAAGUUGUUAAAUUCGUCCCUAACCCGAUAUAAGGUGACUCGAGAAAAGGAAUCACAUUGAAGAACAUGGAAGGUCCCGGAAGCUAAACUGUCAUCACCGCCAGUGUUUGGGAGGACAAAGACAAGGACAAAGAUGGGAGUAGGGGAAGGAGGAGCAGAUGACCCACCAUAUGGUGGCACAACCUGGCAAUGUUUUGGGCAGAUGCACCCCAAGAACUAGAAGACUCAUCAGUACUACGUACAAUACACAAGGGCAGUCAAAAGCGUAUAUAGUCUCAGACACAGACCGUGGAUUGUCCCAAGAAGAUAAUAUUAUUAUUAUUUUUUUUUUUUUCUAAUAAGUAUAUAAAUAAAUAUAGUUUCAUUUUUUUAUUUUGGGGUCCUGUCUUUUCUUUCUCCAUCUUUGACUGAAAGUGAGCAGCCAAGAAGAAACAAUAGGCUGGCUCUUGCAGCUUUCGGCGCUCUUUGUUUACUUUCUUUCUUUUCUUUCUUCUUAUUUCCAGAUUUAGCCAACACUUGAAUUCCCCCGUUUCGAUUUCUUCCCAACUAUCCACACACUAUUAUAUAUACACACGGACUCUCAAACACCCUCUACAUUGGUUUUUGUAUAUAACCUACCCCAGUAUCCGACGUUUCAACACACAAAGGCCAAAGCCAACUCCUCCUCGGGCGAUUCAACCAAGGCCCAUUUUCUUUUCUCUGCAGGUGCAUUUGAAACACAUUAUGUAUGAACAUUACAGAAGGGAAUUGGAGAUACAUAUAAGACGGUAUUGAGCUUGACUUGUGCAUCUUCUAUGCUGUCUAUUGUAUUAGAAAAUAUGGGCUCACUCUGCAGCAAAAACCAGCAUUACAAUGAAGCGGACAAUGAAGAGAAUGCACAGACUGCAGAAAUUGAAAGGAGAAUUGAACAAGAAACGAAGGCUGAAAAACAUAUCCAGAAACUUCUCUUACUAGGUGCUGGGGAGUCAGGGAAGUCCACAAUCUUCAAGCAGAUAAAGCUUUUGUUUCAAACCGGCUUCGAUGAUGCAGAACUCAAGAGCUACAUAUCAGUCAUACAUGCCAAUGUGUAUCAGACCAUAAAAAUAUUGUAUGAUGGGUCAAAGGAGCUUGCUCAGAAUGACAGUGAAACAUAUGAAAUAUCUAGUGAAAAUCAGGAAAUUGGAGAGAAACUAUCAAAAAUAGGGGGCAGAUUGGAUUAUCCAUGUCUAACUAAAGAGCUUGCACAGGAGAUAGAGACUCUUUGGAAAGCUGCUGCAAUUCAGGAAACAUAUACUCGUGGUAAUGGACUCCAAGUUCCUGAUUGUGCCAACUAUUUCAUGGAAAAUCUACAAAGAUUAGCCGACACAAAUUACAUUCCAACCAAGGAAGAUGUUCUUUAUGCAAGAGUUCGUACAACUGGUGUUGUAGAGAUCCAGUUCAGCCCUGUUGGCGAAAACAAGAAAAGUGGUGAAGUAUAUAGACUCUUUGAUGUUGGAGGCCAGAGAAACGAGAGGAGGAAAUGGAUCCAUCUUUUUGAAGGUGUUACAGCUGUUAUAUUUUGUGCUGCUGUUAGCGAUUAUGAUCAAACACUCUUUGAAGAUGAAAGCAAGAAUCGAAUGAUGGAAACAAAGGAACUUUUUGACUGGGUCCUGAAGCAACCUUGUUUUGAGAAAACGUCCUUCAUGCUAUUUCUAAACAAGUUCGAUAUAUUCGAGAAGAAGGUUCUAAAGGUGCCACUUAAUGUGUGUGAGUGGUUCAAAGAUUACCAGCCAGUUUCUACAGGAAAACAAGAAAUUGAACAUGCAUACGAGUUUGUGAAGAAAAAAUUUGAGGAAUUGUAUUUUCAGAGCACCACCCCGGAUCGUGUGGACCGCGUGUUUAAGAUCUAUAGAACAACUGCCCUUGAUCAAAAGUUGGUGAAGAAGACUUUCAAGCUUGUGGAUGAGACCUUAAGACGGAGAAAUCUGUUCGAGGCAGGUUUGUUGUGACCAGAGAGGGAGGAGGGGCCAUAAAAGAUUGUAUUUUCACAUUUUGAGCGCUCAUAUUCCUUGAUUAUUAGCAUUUAAUUUUCCAUUAAAUCGUGUUCCGAUUAUGAGUGUCGAGACAGAUAUAUAUAUAUAAAUGAAUGAUUGUUAAUCUUUUCACGGGUA